UCCCCCCCUCCAAGAAGCAAAUUGCUAUCAAGAGAUCCAAUUAACUAAAAUAGUUUCACAGAGAUGGUGAAUAGUUCAUGGCAGUAGAAUAUUACUUUGAAAAACUAUUUUAACUUUCAGCCAACUGCUUUUAGCCUAUCUCUUUGAGAACAUUGCUUCUUACUAAACAGGAGAAGCAUGUGAAUCUGGUACACAUUGAGUCACGGAAGUCCAAGAGACGAAAUUCUGAGUUCGAGAUCUUCGUGGACUGUGACAGUAACAGGGAACAGCUGAACGAGAUUUUCCAGCUCCUGAAAUCCCACGUCAACAUCGUCUCUGUGAGCCCAACAGAGCAUUUCAGUGUCCAGGAGGAUGGCAUGGAGAACGUUCCCUGGUUUCCGAAGAAGAUCUCAGAUUUGGAUAAGUGUGCCAACCGGGUGCUGAUGUACGGCUCUGACUUGGAUGCUGACCAUCCCGGUUUCAAAGACAAUGUUUAUCGCAAGAGGCGAAAGUAUUUUGCAGACCUGGCUAUGAACUACAAACAUGGUGACCCAAUCCCCAAGAUUGAAUUCACUGAGGAGGAGAUCAAGACUUGGGGGACUGUGUACCGAGAGCUUAACAAUCUUUACCCAACUUAUGCCUGCAGAGAGUACCUGAAAAACCUGCCCUUGCUCACCAAACACUGUGGGUACAGGGAAGACAAUAUCCCCCAGCUGGAAGAUGUGUCCCGCUUCCUGAAAGAGCGCACAGGCUUCACCAUUCGCCCCGUGGCUGGAUAUCUGUCACCCAGAGACUUCUUGGCAGGAUUGGCAUUCCGAGUUUUUCACUGCACUCAGUAUGUCAGACACAGCUCGGACCCUCUCUACACACCAGAGCCUGAUACCUGCCAUGAGCUCCUAGGCCACGUCCCUCUUUUGGCUGAACCCAGUUUUGCUCAGUUCUCCCAGGAAAUUGGUCUUGCAUCACUUGGGGCAUCAGAUGAGGCUGUCCAAAAACUGGCAACGUGCUACUUCUUCACGGUAGAGUUUGGCUUGUGCAAGCAAGAGGGGCAGCUACGAGUUUAUGGGGCUGGCUUGCUCUCUUCCAUUAGUGAGCUCAAGCACUCACUCUCGGACAGCGCCAAAGUCAAACCUUUUGAUCCAAAGGUCACCUGCAAGCAAGAAUGUAUCAUCACAACUUUCCAGGAGGUUUACUUUGUUUCUGAAAGUUUUGAAGAAGCAAAGGAAAAGAUGAGAGAGUUUGCAAAAACCAUCAAGCGCCCCUUUGGGGUGAAGUACAACCCCUACACUCAGAGUGUGCAGGUCCUGAAGGACACAAAGAGCAUCGCCAGCGUGGUGAAUGAGCUGCGCCACGAGCUGGACAUUGUCAGCGACGCCCUCAGCAAGAUGGGGAGGCAGCUGGAAGUUUAACACCCUGCCAGCACUGGGCUGCAAGCCAAUUCUUCCCUUUCCCCCCCUGAUUUCUUUCUAGGCAUAUAAUGUGUUGCAUGCAGAGCUCACUCCUUUGCACAUGGAAGAGUGAAUGGCCCAUGAGAAUAUAACAAUUUUAUCUUGUUGCUCUCUGUAAAUUUCCUCACAUAAACGCAUUCCUCCAACCCCCUUAGGUAAAAAAGGUCCAGAGUUGCCUUUUAGAAGCUUGUAGGGGAAUGGAGAAAUUGUUAGACUGGAGAAAAAGUGUGCUCUGUGGAUCAGGGCUGGGAUCAGAUGCUGCAGGAGGUGGCUUAUGAGGCAAAAUAUGGAGUAAUUGACCCUAGGAAGAAUUCAGUUUCUGACUCCAGCUGUCUGUGCUACUGCCUGUAUGGUGCUGAAGACUUGACAGUGCAGAAGCUGUGGUAAUUCAGUGUUUCGAAGCCUGUGCAACUAAGUUUGAGACUUGAAUGAUUACAAUGCAGGCAUCAGGACACAAACAGCUGGAGGUUCAACAUAAUAAAAGGGAGGAGUCAAAACUUGCUUUCAAAGGCAUUAUUCUUGCCACAAAGAGUUGCAAAUGUGAUGUUUGGCAUGAUUCUAGUACAAGGCAGAGAUACAGCUGUUGCAUGAAAUCCUAAUUACGUUUAUUUUAAGCCACUUGGUAUUGGCUAAGAGUCAGGAUUUUUGUUGCUGUCCUUGAUAUUGCACCUGAGGGAAGACCUUUCCUUACAGAGAUACCCUUUGCCUUUUUCCUGAUUGAAUUAAUUUAGCAAAAAAUACAGCAAGCCAUCAAGCAUUGAUUUAGCAUAAAGCCCAAAACCAUUUCCAAACUGCAACUUCAAAUUCAAAAUAGCUUAAUUGGCUCUAAAAUAACAUCAAAGUUUAAAAAAAUACCCAAAGCUCAUAGACCAGUGUACUUUAUGUAAAAAAAAAUACCCUGUUGAUCGCUCAGUCACUUUUUUGACCUGCACAAGCUGCACAAAUAUGUUUAGUUUCUUCUUUACCUGACCUGAGCACCUUCAUUCCCUAUCUAUCAAAUUAUAACUGAAAGGCCCAAGCAUUUAAUAGGAAUUCUGUGGCUAUGAAAGCAAGAAACUGCCUUGUAGUGCAAGGCAUACCUGAUCC